AUGGUGGUCGUUGGCUCCGCGGACUCCUUCAACAGCAUCCUUUCCAAGGUGCAAGAUGAGAAGCUACCAGCCGUGUUCUACUACACGGCGGUGUGGUGUGGACCAUGUAGGGCGAUGGCACCUUUGGUUUCAAAGCUGAGCAGCCAGUAUCCCAAGAUACCCGUGUACAAAGUUGACAUUGACAUGGAAGGACUGGGAAACAAACUCCAUGGUCUAAAUAUAUGUUCAGUGCCUACAUUCCACUUCUAUCACAAGGGGCAGAAAAUUGGUGAAAUUGUGGGUGCUGAUGCAAAGAAACUUGAAGUUGUCAUGGAAAGCCUCCACAAGCAGCAGUAG